ACGAAUGAGUCGUCUAAUUUUUGUUUAAAACACCGUUUACAAACAAAAUAGGCUACCACUAACGUUACACCCGAGCAGCUGAGAUGAAUAGAAAUUCUAACCGAUAACUCACUCCAGGUAGAACCGCUCGAUACACGGAGUUUACCAUCUCCACCGUUGUAGGAAUCGCUCUGGCAGGUCACGUGAUCUCGCUGCCAGUCAGGGAAAUGUUGGACUGCUUUGGCUUCAUCCAGUCGAGUGUUACGCGUCAGUGGAGUGGAGAGCGAGAGAGCUGAAUACCACAAUCAUGGCAACCACAGCAGCAGAAACCGAAACCCGCCAGAGACUGCUGCGAAACGUGAAGAAGGAGGUCAAGCAGAUCAUGGAGGAAGCAGUCACAAGAAAGUUUGUUCAUGAAGACAGCAGCCAUAUUGUCUCAUUCUGUGCUGCUGUUGAAGCCUGUGUGCUUCAUGGGUUGAAGCGGAGAGCUGCCGGUUUCCUACGAAGCAACAAGAUAGCUGCACUCUUCGCCAAAGUGGGCAAAAGCUUCCCUCCAGCUGAGGAGCUGUGCAGAAAAGCCCAGGAGCUGGAGCUGGUCUUUGAAAGCAAACGAAGUCAGUCUCUCUCAUACAGCGAGAGCACCCGUAAGAUGCCCAAAGUCCCAAACUUCUCGCUUCAGGCUGUCAGACACUUGUGGAUCCACACCGCACUCAUUGAGAAAGUGCUGGACAAGAUUGUACUGUACCUGGUGGAAAACAGCAGUAAGUUUUACGAGAAGGAGGCUAUCCUAAUGGAUCCUGUGGACGGCCCUAUCCUCGCCUCUUUGUUAGUAGGUCCCUGUGCGUUAGAGUACACUAAAAUGAAGACGGCAGAUCAUUUUUGGACCAAUCCUUCAGCUGACGAGUUGGUGCAAAGGCAUCGUAUUCACAGUGGUCACUGCCGACAAGACUCCCCUACAAAAAGACCUGCUCUCUGCAUUCAGAAAAGACACUCCAGUAGUAGUAUGGAUGAAAGGCCAUCUCCCUCCCCCUCCGCCAGAGACUACGUGGAGUCUCUUCAUCAGAAUUCCAGAGCGACCCUCCUGUUCGGCAAGAACAACGUGCUGGUGCAGCCGAGGGAUGAUAUGGAAGCAAUCCCAGGGUACCUCUCUCUACACCAGACGGCUGACUGCAUGACUCUGAAAUGGACACCAAAUCAGCUAAUGAACGGCUCCAUGGGAGAUCUCGAAUAUGAGAGGAGUGUUUACUGGGACUACGCCAUGACAAUCCGCCUGGAGGAGAUUGUGUACCUGCACUGUCAUCAGCAGGUGGACUGUGGGGGAACAGUGGUUCUAGUUAGUCAGGAUGGGAUUCAAAGGCCUCCGCUUCGUUUUCCCCGUGGUGGUCACCUCCUACAGUUCCUCUCCUGUCUGGAAAAUGGUCUGCUGCCUCACGGCCAGUUAGACCCUCCGCUUUGGUCCCAGAGAGGAAAGGGUAAAGUAUUUCCUAAGCUAAAGAAGAGAUGUCCACAGGGAUCCUCAGACUCUGUCUCAGACAAAGAAGAGGAAGAAGCAACAGAUUAUGUCUUCCGCAUUGUUUUCCCAAACAGCCAGUCAGAAUUUGUUACUUUUACCCAGUCCUCCCAUCUCUCCCUGGGUACUGUACUCCUGGCCCGAUCUAUCUCCCUGAACUACAGGGGGCUGUGGCCUCCUAAACGCCAGACCCUGGUGAUGUCAAAGCACCACUGCAGCUGCCCGGGAGAGUCCCCAUCCUCCUCUGAGCCCAGCUUGGCUCCAGAAUUGAUAGAUCAGGGAAUAAACAUGUGGCACCCAACACCAAGGAAAUCAUCUUGCUCUUCCUGCUCACGGAGUAGUUUCUCUGAUGGAGCACCACCCAAUGGAUGCAACCAUGAAAGGGCCCCUCUGAAGUUGCUGUGUGACAAUAUGAAGAACCAGAUCAUCUCUCGAGCUUUCUAUGGAUGGCUGGCGUACUGCCGUCUCCUGUCCACGGUACGCACUCACCUGUCUGGCCUUGUCAAUCACACUAUUGUGGAACCAGAUGUGCCCACUGACGCCUAUGGUGGCCUCACAACAGAAAUGUGGCAGAAGUUUCUUCAAGACUGCACUACCUAUGAGGAGAAGGAGUUACUGAGGCUAGUUUAUUUCGGUGGAGUUGAGCCUUCUUUACGAAAGGAAGUCUGGCCUUUCCUGCUGGGUCAUUACCAAUUUGGGAUGUCUGAGGCUGAGAGAAAAGAGGUGGAUGAGCAGAUGCGAGCGUGCUAUGAGCAGACGAUGAGUGAAUGGCUGGGGUGUGAGGCCAUUGUUAGGCAGAGAGAAAAAGAACAGCACGCUGUGGCGUUAGCCAAGUGUUUGUCUGGGGCGAGUAUAGACAGCACCACACAAAGAAUAAUGCACCGUGACUCCACCAUCAGUAAUGAGUCCUCGCAGAGCUGUAGUUCAGGCAGGCAAAGAGAUUCCAGGCUGCAGAGCGACUCCAGCAGUGGUACUCAAUUCUUCACUUCUCAAAACCCCUUCCCCUGGAGUAGCUUGCUUCCCUUUGGUUUGUUUUUCCAGGUGUUUGAGUCUGUUGAAGAGGUCGACCAGAUUGAGUCUGAGCCCAAGAGUGAAGACAUCAAACAUGUUUCCAAAAUCUCAAAUGGAACACCCCAAAAUGGCACCAGUUCUCCAGACUCUGGUCACCCCUCUUCCAGAAACUUCUCCGUUACUUCUGGUCAGUCGGACUCCUUGAGCACAGAGGACAGUGGGAUACAUGACCCAAGCCUUAAAGCCCAACUACAGCUAGCAGUAUCAAAGGAAAGGUUUGCAAGUUCAUCUGGAGAGGAAGGAAAGGUGACUGAGGAAGUUGAGACCAAAUCGGUUGAGAAACUAGGUGUGAGAGAAUAUAGUAAAAUUGAGGUUAACAAAGUGUUGUCUUUGGAUGCAGUUGUGACAAAAUCAGAGAGAAGCAAGAAGGCCACAGAGAGCUCAGAGAAAAGGGCAGAGGUCAAGACAGGGGGGUUGAAAACAGCUCGAGAUGCUUUUGAGGCUCCUGCAGUAGCUCGCAGCCACAUGACCAAAAUGGAAGUGGGCGAAUCUACAGAGAGAACUUUGACAUCAAAAAAUAAAGCACUGGCACAGCAAACUGAGUCAGAUAUUCCCAAAGCAACAGAGGUCGUGGAAUUGACUCCUCCAGAGCCAAAGAUGAAUGAGAAUCGGGUAAAUGUGGACAUUGAAAGGUCCCAAAUGGGAAUUAAAGAUAUUAGAGCAAUCCAAGAGAAACCUUUGGUAACAAAAGAUCAUAAAUUAUCAGAUGCACUUGAGCAGAAGGUUGUAGCUGUCACACUGGUGUCUGUUUCAAAGGACGGUGAUACAGAGAAAGAAACGGCGAAAACCAAUGAAAUAAGCCAAGUUAAAUACUCCAAGACAUACAUGGAUGAUGCCAACAAUAUUAGUGGCUCACAAAUAGCUUUAAGACCAGGUGAUGAGAAAGAGAAGAAGACUAUGAAGACCAGUGAUUUAUCCAAUGAAGCUGGAACCGCAGUAAAGAGGAAAGCAGCAUCAGUUCUCUCAAAAACCACUGGUACAGAGCAAAGAGAAGAGAAGGUUGUUACAAUGAGGACCACACACAAAGAAAUGCAGCGGAACGCUCCAGUAGUUGAGGAGAUGGUGGUUCCUUUGGUGCAUGAAGCUUUUAGCACAAGAGAGAUGGGUGAAGCCCAAGAUGCAACCGAGUCAGACGAGUCUCCCUCUGCCAUUGAAAUGGAAGAGAUUCCUACAGCUAAAGUGUCCAUGGCCUGGGAAAGGAAGAGUUCACCCAGAAGCAAGGGUAAUGAGCAGGCAGCUGUACCUGUAUUGGAACUCAGGCUGGAGGAAGCUCAUGGAAAGCCUAGCUCUGACGGAAUGAAUUCUGAGGAGCCAGAGAUGGAGAGUCUUUGCCCACAGCUUGAUUCACUGGCUGUGAACACUACGGAUGAAGCUACCUCUCCAGUUUCCUCUAUAGGCACCACUUAUUCUGUAAGCACAUGUUUCAGAGAGCAAGAGCUUUUGGACAUGUACAGUCUGAAUCUGCACCGCAUUGAUAAAGACGUUCAGCGCUGUGACCGAAAUUACUGGUACUUCACACCUGCUAACUUGGAGAAACUACGCAAUAUCAUGUGCAGUUAUAUCUGGCAGCACCUGGAAAUUGGAUAUGUCCAGGGCAUGUGUGACCUGCUCGCUCCCUUGUUAGUUAUUCUAGAUGAUGAGGCCAUGGCUUUAAGUUGUUUCACUGAACUAAUGACGAGGAUGAAUCAAAAUUUUCCUCAUGGAGGUGCGAUGGACACCCACUUUGCCAACAUGAGAUCUCUGAUCCAGAUUCUAGAUGCAGAGCUGUUUGAGCUAAUGCAUCAGAAUGGGGACUACACCCACUUCUACUUCUGCUAUCGCUGGUUUCUUCUUGACUUUAAAAGAGAGUUGGUGUAUGAUGAUGUGUUUGCUGUUUGGGAGGCCAUCUGGGCUGCUAAGUGUGUCUCCUCCAGUCAUUUUGUGCUCUUCAUUGCUCUUGCAUUGGUGGAGAUAUACAGAGACAUCAUUCUAGAAAACAAUAUGGACUUCACAGACAUCAUCAAGUUUUUCAAUGAAAUGGCUGAGCAUCACAAUAUCAAGCAAAUUCUGACUCUGGCUCGAGACCUGGUGUGCAAAGUGCAGACACUUAUAGAGAACAAGUAACUCUGAAGCCUCUCACCUCUGUUGUUUAUCGUGUUCACAAUGUAACCCAUCAGCCCUUGCUACAAAACAACAGGGAACAUUUGGCCAAAGCUUAAUGAGCUUCAAGUAUAUGGUAACAUUUCCAAUGCCAAAUAUCUUGAUCUACCUGGAAUCAGUCAGUGCACAAUUUUUAACAGAGUCAUCUGGCUCUUUAAUCAGGUUUUACUGAACAUCGUAGUACAUAAAAUUUUAUAAGCAGAUGCUGCUAAUGAGUGGUCAUUCACUGUUAGACAUGGAUUUUUAUCCUGUGUCUAAAAUGCAGUCAGGAUUACCAGUCACUAGUGACUCAUAGGCUCUAUUCCAAAACCUAGUGAGCUGUCUGCUGCCUACUGCCUACAUAAACUGAAAUUUCUAAUUUCAUUCCAGUAGAAUUUGGUGUUCGUUUGUUGCUAAGCCAACAACAUGAUAUUCAUACAGUAUAUAGCACACACACACAUACUGGGUAGAAUAGUCAGUUUAAAUCAGAUUUAAACUUUUAUUGAUACUUUUCGGUGAAAACGAGUAUUUAUAAACAUUUUCUUUAUUCAUGUGAUGCUGCCUUAAAAUUUGACCAAAAGAACAUAUCUUAAAAACAGCAUAAUGUUGCAGAAGUGUGCCUAUGAUGCCUUAAAAUGCUGCCUAUGUAAGCAGCUCACUAGGUUUUGAAACAGAACAAUAAAAGUUCAGGGGUUCAGGUCAAGUGCAUUUUACUGCUAAGAGACAGUCACACUAGAUUUCAUGCUCCAUUCACUUUCACAUAUAUGGAGUGCACAUAUAUACUCUACUGUUCAAAAGUUUGGGGCCAGUCUGAUUUUUUUUAAUGUUUUUAAUUUAAAUUUUCAGCAGCCAUUAGUCAGUGUCUUUACUGUGAGUUGUUUCACUAAAUCAGAUCAGGUUAUUGUAUCACACAGUAUAUUAUUGGACAAUACCAAGGAAUGCCGCUAGGUAUUAGAUUUAGAACAGAGAAAAAACAUCAGUAAAUUGUGUAUUUCUUUUCUUUGUGUUACAGAACUAAAUAAUGAUUUGGGUUUUCCAUCGGUUUAUGUAAUGUUUGAGUCAGUGCUGUGUUUCAGUGCAUUGGUGUCAUGUUUGCAGUCACCUUAUGAAUAUCUGGCAUUAUAGGAUUUAUUUUUCAAAUUUGAUGCGUCUGUGUGUGUGUGUGUGUGUGUGUGUGUGUGUGUGUGUGUGUGUGUGUGUGUGUGUGUAGACCAGGACAACUCACAAUCACUACCGCAAGACCUUGUCUGCUUGAUGUAUUCUUGCUGUUUGUGGACUGUACAGAAAAACACAUGCUAUAUUUAUUAUAUAGAGAGAAUCUAUAUUAUUAACUUUGGUGUCGUUGCCUACAUGGUUCUCAGAAUGCACACUAAUAUUGACACAAAGAAAUGAAAAUCAUCAGUGCUCUUAUUUUUCGUUAUGAAAUUGUUGUAUAAAAUGCACAUUGUGUUUCUUCAUCCUCUAACCACUCUCCUCUGCUAUAGCUCUUAUAUUAUAAUACCUUAUAACAUGUUGUAAUCACAAUGAAGUAUUGAUCCUAUGAUCAAACCAAUACAGCUAUGAGUCAGAAACCUUUGGUUGAUCAGAUGUAUCCACAAUGAGGUGCAAUCGCUAAAAGUGUAUCGAAUCCCAAGGAUCAUUCUUUAUGUAUCUGAUCUGUAACACAAGGCUAAAAAUUACCAUUUAGGCAAGAAUAGUAAAGCAAAUCAAAGCGUAUUCCAGACUCCUGUGAACACAAUUUAUGUGAUCUGAUAUGAGCAGAUAUUAAUCAUUCUCCUGCAUUGAAUCUUGUUGAUUUCUUCUUGUG